UAAAUGUCUGCCUGGGCGCGGGGCCGCCAUUUUCUCUGAGGCGCGGAACGAGCGGCGCCGGGCGGCACCGGGGCGCGGGGGACCCGCCGGGGGCCCGGGACACAGAUGAUGUGCUUCAUCCUUUUGUCAUAGGACUUCAUUUGCUGAAAGGAAAACUAAAGGCUGCACCAAUGGAGCACAUCCAGGGAGCUUGGAAGACCAUCAGCAAUGGCUUUGGCCUGAAGGAUUCUGUCUUUGAUGGCCCCAACUGCAUCUCCCCCACGCUGGUGCAGCAGUUUGGGUACCAGCGCCGGGCGUCCGACGACGGCAAAAUCUCGGAUACGUCCAAAACCAGCAACACCAUCCGCGUCUUCCUGCCCAACAAGCAGCGCACCGUGGUGAACGUGAGGAAUGGGAUGACCCUGCAUGACUGUCUGAUGAAGGCUCUGAAGGUCAGGGGGCUGCAGCCAGAGUGCUGUGCAGUGUUUCGACUUCUUGCUGAGCCCAAGGGGAAGAAAGUGCGUUUGGAUUGGAACACAGACGCUGCCUCCCUGAUUGGAGAGGAGCUGCGAGUGGAUUUCCUUGACCAUGUCCCACUCACCACUCACAAUUUUGCCAGGAAGACAUUUCUGAAGCUUGCCUUCUGUGACAUCUGCCAGAAGUUCCUGCUCAACGGCUUCCGCUGUCAGACGUGCGGCUACAAAUUCCACGAGCACUGCAGCACCAAGGUGCCAACCAUGUGUGUGGACUGGAGCAACAUCAGGCAGCUCUUAUUGUUCCCAAAUUCAAAUAUCAGUGACAGUGGUGUCCCUGCACUACCUCCCUUGACAAUGAGGCGGAUGCGGGAGUCUGUCUCCCGGAUACCUGUUAGCUCCCAGCACAGGUAUUCCACACCUCAUGCCUUCACUUUCAACCCAUCCAGCCCUUCCUCUGAGGGCUCUCUGUCCCAAAGGCAGCGCUCCACCUCCACCCCCAACGUGCACAUGGUCAGCACCACCAUGCCCGUGGACAGCAGGAUCAUCGAGGAUGCAAUUCGAAGCCAUAGUGAAUCAGCCUCACCCUCUGCUCUGUCUGGAAGUCCUAACAAUAUGAGCCCAACUGGCUGGUCUCAGCCUAAAACCCCAGUCCCAGCCCAAAGAGAGAGAGCCCCUGCAUCUAACACACAAGAAAAAAACAAAAUUAGGCCUCGUGGGCAGAGAGACUCCAGCUAUUACUGGGAGAUAGAAGCCAGUGAAGUGAUGCUCUCCACCAGGAUAGGCUCAGGCUCCUUUGGGACAGUUUACAAGGGCAAGUGGCACGGGGAUGUAGCAGUGAAGAUCCUAAAGGUUGUAGACCCAACCCCAGAGCAGUUCCAGGCUUUCAGGAAUGAAGUGGCUGUCCUGAGGAAGACCCGGCACGUGAACAUCCUGCUCUUCAUGGGCUACAUGACCAAGGACAACCUGGCCAUUGUCACCCAGUGGUGUGAGGGCAGCAGCCUCUACAAACACCUGCACGUGCAGGAGACCAAGUUCCAGAUGUUCCAGCUGAUCGACAUCGCGCGCCAGACCGCCCAGGGCAUGGACUAUUUACAUGCAAAGAACAUCAUCCACAGGGACAUGAAAUCCAAUAAUAUAUUUCUUCAUGAAGGCCUGACAGUGAAAAUAGGAGACUUUGGGCUGGCGACGGUGAAAUCCAGGUGGAGCGGAUCCCAGCAGGUGGAGCAGCCCACGGGCUCCAUCCUGUGGAUGGCGCCCGAGGUGAUCCGCAUGCAGGACAGCAACCCCUUCAGCUUCCAGUCAGACGUCUACUCCUAUGGAAUAGUGCUCUACGAGCUGAUGACAGGGGAGCUGCCCUACUCCCACAUCAACAACAGGGAUCAGAUCAUUUUCAUGGUUGGCAGGGGCUACGCUUCCCCAGACCUCAGCAAGCUGUACAAGAACUGCCCCAAGGCCAUGAAGAGGCUGGUGGCAGAUUGCCUGAAGAAGGUCAGGGAGGAGCGGCCUCUGUUCCCACAGAUCCUGUCCUCCAUCGAGCUGCUGCAGCACUCUCUGCCCAAGAUCAACCGCAGCGCCUCGGAGCCGUCGCUGCACCGCGCCGCCCACACCGAGGACAUCAACGCGUGCACGCUGACCUCCAGCAGGCUGCCCGUGUUCUGA